AUGCAUUGUUCCCUCGAAAGAGCAGGCCCACUACCGCACGUGUUCCCUCCGAAGAGCCGUCGUGCUGAAGCGGUGCGGGCCUCGCCUGUUGCAGGCCUGCUGACGGCAGUGAACUGCCUGAGCGUGCGCUGGGCGAUGCGCGUGCAGAGCGUGUUCACGGCGGCGAAGCUGCUGGCGCUGGCGGGCAUCGUGGUGGCCGGCGGCGUGCACAUCUCCGCAGGAAACACAUCACACUUCCACGAUGCGUUUAAGGGCAGCUCGGAUGUCGGCAGUUAUGCUUUGGCCUUCUACUCAGGGCUGUUCGCUUUUGGCGGAUGGAACUACCUCAACUUCGUCACUGAGGAGUUGCAGGACCCGUACAGGAAUCUCCCAAGAGCCAUAUGGAUUGCCAUGCCUAUUGUCACAUUGGUCUAUGUGUUGGCCAACCUUGCAUACUUUGCAGUUGUCUCUGCUGAUGAGAUGCUUGCAUCUCCUGUAGUUGCUGUUACCUUUGGCAAUAAAAUGUUUGGUCAGUUACACUGGGUUGUACCUGUUUUUGUUGCCUUGUCUACUUUCGGUGGAGUUAAUGGUAUUCUCUUCACAUCAGCAAGAUUAUUUCUAGCAGGAUCACAAGAAGGGCAUUUACUUCCUGUUUUUUCAUUUAUCCAUAUUCGAAGAUUUACUCCCAUACCUUCUCUUCUGUUUACAUGUGCAGUAUCUUUACUCAUGUUAUGUACCAGUAAUAUAUUUACUCUCAUCAACUACUUCAGUUUAAUCCUGUGGCUAACAGUAGCUGCAAGCGUAGCAGGAUUACUAUACUUACGUUAUACAAAACCAAACAUACCAAGGCCUAUUAAAGUGAAUUUAGCUCUUCCAAUAUUGUUUUUAAUUUGCUGUGUCUUUCUGACACUUGUUCCAGCUGUGACAGAGCCUUGGAACACAGCAAUUGGUCUUGCAAUUACUUCAUCAGGAAUACCAGUUUAUUACCUUUGUGUUAAAUGGGAGAAGAAACCCUCUUCAUAUCAUAAAUUUCAUGGUAAAGAUAAAUUCACUCGUGUACUUCAGAAAAUGUUGGAAGUUGUAAGCCCAGAAGAAGGUGAAAAAUUGCUUGGCCCAACAAAAACUUAAACCUUUAGCUCCUCUGUCUUAUUUUCAUGUUUGUGUCUGCAUUAACUACCCAAGCAACAUUCCAUAUGUAUCCAGGGUGCAUCCACAAGAUUUUGCCUCAAGUUACUUUUUAAAGAGAGUAAAUUCUUGUAAUAAGUUUAGAAGAAUCAUGAAAAUUUAAGAAUGGUGGCAACCACAUGUCAGAUAAUUCAAUGUAUGAUAUUUUUCUGGAGCCAUCAGACUAAAAGCAACUUCCAAAAUGUUCCUAUAUAAUUUUUUUAUGUCCUUGUAUAAAAUAAGCAGGAUGCACCAAAUAGUAUCAUUCCCAUCUGUAGCAUUUGCUCAUUAUAUUUUCAUGUCACUAUUUUAAACAAACAAAAGAUUAUAAUUAUAAUACUCAUUUACUGACCCUGCAUACAAUUUUUAUUUUGUAUGGUAAUAUCAAUAAAAGUGUGCCUGUUCUUACAUAUAUGCAAAUACUGUGACUGUGAAGAUGUCUAGCAGUGUAGCAUGACAUUAGGACAAAAUCAUGACGUUCUUGUUACAUUAUUUUUUUCAAACCACGUAAGUAUGAGAAUAGGGACCAUCCAUAAGUUAUGUAACGCAAAUUUGGAGUAAUUUGAAUACCCCCUCUCCCCCCUGUAAUACGUGCAUGAACACCCCCCUAAAUUACAUAAUGCUUGUAAUAACCUCCCCAACUAUUUACAGAAAGUAAAAAUAAAUUAUUCAACUGUAAAAACCAUUUGUAUUAAUUAUUUCUGUUCAAUAUGAAAAUUUAUUAUAAUUAAAGUUAGAAUUUGUUGAUAAUGCUGACCGCACCUAUCAAUAAAAUUGGAGACAAUUUUUGAGGAAGGAUGCUUAGGCAAGACAAAUUCUGACAACAAGCCAUGCACCACCUUCGUCGAUAAUGCAUGGGUGAGAGACUCUUUGUGCCAAUUUAAUCAGAUUCCAUGUAAAAUAUAUUACAGAUAAGUUUUCAAUAUUUUCUUCAUAAUCUAACAGAUUCAAUCAAUACAUCAUUGAUGAAAAAUAGUUCAAUUUAUUGUAACAAUUAUAUCACAAUUUCUUUCAUUUAUUUAUAUUUGAAUUUAAUUUGUUAAUAUCGCAAUGUUUCCGCUUGUGACUGAAUAAAAGAAAUUAUUGCUGCAAAUGUUGAAAAACUAUCAAAUUAGCAUAACCCUAAGCUAUUCCCCCCUCCCCCAUGAUCGUUUUGUAAUGCAGUGUAAUGCUGUCUCAACCCCCCCCCCCUAGUGUUACAUAAUUUAUGGAUGGUACUUUUUAUGUUCUCCUUGAGGAACAUCUUUAAUGUAUGGUUAAUUAGCUUUGACACAAAAGGGAGGUUCCCAAAACAAUAACCUACUCUAUUUCGCUAUGCUGUACAACAUGACUAUGGCAAAUGAAAGCUGAAUAAUUGUGACUGUAUGUUAGAAGCAUAUUUAACUUUGCUAAGCAUAUUAAUAUGUGCCUAAAGAUGAAAAUGUAAACACAGAACUGUGAAAAUAAUUGCAUUAUUUCAUGAAAAUAAAUGGAUGAAUUGUUGAAUAUUUAAUACUACUGAAGCGGUAUUAUAUUUCUGAAGAAUUGUUAAGACAAUCUUACAUGUACAGAAUUCUUAAACGUAUGUUAAAAAAUGAAGCAUUGUAAGUAUAAGCACAGUGGAUGAGACAUUGCUAUUUUCUAAUCUGUAUCUUUUAAGUUUUGUAAACCCUAUUUUUCUUAUUGUUUUGUUAAAAAAAGAAAUUAAUUUCACUUCAUUGCCUGGGUGAAUCAGUACAAAAUUUGUUAAGUUGUUAUUGAAGAUCAAUGUUAUUAGCAGGUGCCUGAUUUAGAGACACAGAUCAAAAAUUAAAUUACAUUUUUAAUGAUUGGGUGUUUAAAGAAAUUACAUCAUUAAUGAAAUUCAUGAAUCAUCUACAUGUGAUAUGAUGAUCUGUUCUGUUCAUAAAUGUAUGUGCUAAUUAUUGUCAGAAUGAACAUUCAAAUUUUUGUUGAUAUGCUUUACUGAAUGAGUGGAACUAUUGUUUGCUUUCAAGAAAUGAAUAUAAAAACUUGGGUUGAAAUAUCUUACAUUUCUAUUAUUCUUUCCUCAUAUUUCAGGUGUGUAAAAUAUUUCAAGUCCAAAAUCAAGAGGAUUAAGCAUAUUAGUUUUCUCUUCUCUUCCCGGUUUAUUUAAUUGUAUCUGAAGGCAAGAAAGUGAAAAUAUGUAACAAAAACUUUGGAUAUAGUCCUGUUUUGGCAUGAUCACAAUUUUGAGAACUGAAAAUAGAACAUAAAAACAAAAAAUAUAUAAUUACUUAAAAAUGCAUACUUUAUAUAUGACUUGCUGCCAGCAUUCACCUAGCCAUCCCCAUGGGUGUGGUGCCUCUCCUACUUUUUUAAACUACCACAGUCCCAGAAAUGUUUAGGAUACCACACUCAAUCGGGUGAGGUCAACCGUACUCCUAGAGGCAAAGUUAAAAGAAAUAUGAAGACUAAAUAUGAAUGUGAAGUGUUGAAACCAUAUGUAAUUAUUCAUUAAUAGAUCUUCAAUGUCUUUCUAUGCAAGAUCGAAAAUAGUGACACUUUGUGUAAAUUAAAAUAUAAUAUUAAUAGAAGGCAGUAUUUGAAAAUGUGGAACACUGAAAUCAAAAAUUUUACACAAGAUGGCAUGCAUAAUAUUAACAAUAUAACACAAUACAAACCUAAUGGAAUGGUACAAUAUGAAACCUUCUUAUCUGAGAGAAUGUAAGUCUUACGAGCUUUUACAAUAUGAAGGGAGGAGGUGUGGGUUAGAAAAUUUAAAAAAAAUGUAUUUGUUAUUUAAAUGGCCCUUUUCCAAGAAUUGAAUUGUACACCUCAUUGGUUGAAGUUCAUUAAGAACACUGUCUGGGGCUCUGGAAGGGUUAGUUUCAUUACUGGUCAGGGCAGAGUUCUAUUAAGGCAAGGAAACAGAUUACCCUUAAUAACUAAUAUUAACUUAAAAUUUGUAAAUUGAUUUAAUUAAAAUUUUCUAUAAUUAUUUUACGUUAUUUCAACAACAAAGGGUGUAGCUUCCUUAAUGGACAUAAGAUUGAUUAUAAAUUUAUUCAACAGUCAUUUCAUGUUAUACAAAAAUUUGUAACUCCAAAAUUUAGAAAACUAUAUAUUUAGAUCAGUUACAGACAAAACAUAGAUCAUCAGUUACAUUUUAUUUUAAAUACCGUAAGUAAAAUAUCUGUUCCAAUAUUUUGUACCAAAUUAUUGUAUGACACCAAACUUUUGUAAUCUUUUAAACAUCACAAUUAUCAUUGUGAAUACUUUUAUUUUUAAUAAAAUA